AGUCGUGCGGUCUUUGGCGAGACUCAUCGCCCGGCAAUCAUUAAAGUCCACAAGCCCUGUGCGAGCUCUACCCGUAUUGAGGUUCACGCUCGACUGCAUCAAGUCAGCGCGCUCGCACCCUGCAACGGCCUGCAGUUGAGCCUUCAAGCGAUCUUAGGAGGCCCCAGUCUGCUUCAAAGAAUCAGACGACAUGGCAGCACACCUCAUCUCUUUUCUGGAGCGCCCUCCUCCUCGACUCGGUCAUCGCGAGCCGAUGAAUCCAGAGCGCAGCGAUGCGGCGAGCACGUGCACUAGUGGAUCGGUAGCAAAGGAGUCGUCGUCAAGUGCGACGCUCAACGCAGCAACUCGGGAUCUCGCCGCAUUCCUCGAAGCUGCACCCAGCGGAGCGUCACAGCUUCCAGGACCUGUCCAGCGCAAAACCGCACGCGCAAUCUUAGAGGAGCUUGCGCAUUCUCCCGCAACAAGUGUGGAAGGUGAUGACUCUUGCGAUGCUGGGCGGGGAAGAAGCGGAGAGAAUGCCAAGGACCUGGGGUUAGAUGAGCACGCGAAGUUGGUAGCUUUGCGAACACUCAAAGAGAUUGGAAGACUGUCUGCGGGUGGCAGCGCCGAGGUUGCAAAGCCGGAGUCGCUUCGGACGCUUCUUGCGUGCGUCCAUAGACCGCCUCCCUCGCUCGAAGGCUACAAGGACAGUGGUGCUCCCAUCUCGAGCGCAUUGAAGCGCGUCAUUGGCCGCGUAACCCCCUCCAGCCGACAGCGCACCUCUUCAUCCAGCUCGAACAAGUCGCAAGCUUCUCUCAGACUAGUGCCCGAUAGCCGCAGCCGAGAAGCACGGCAGCGUAGUGCAUCGCCGUCUUCACAUGAUGGUCGGAGCCUUGUAAUGCGAGACCAUAUCAGCAUCGAGCAGUGGCGGACGUCUGACAUGGCCCUCAGAUGUAUCAACAAUGCGCUCUAUUUGCACGAAGACAUGCGCUCGCGCUUCGGAUCGCCGGAGAUAGGUGGUGGGCGCAUUGCGCUACAGAUGCUGCAGAAUCCUUCUGUGACCCCUGCCGAAAUUCUCUUCCUGUCGGCAAGGCUGCUCUUCUACGCGACGCUGUUUGACGCUGAAUUCUGCAAAUCCGCCGUCGAAACGUUUGAUGCUCCUGGUAUUUUGUCUGAGCAACUCGCUUCCUUCAAGCAGCUUCUGCAGCAUGUUGCGUUUCAUCUUGAUCAAGCGAUCCCAGGACCCCUCGCCGGCGAGCUCUCGGUGCCGGGCUCGGAAGAGGCUUUGCGGAAUGCAGCAUCAGAGGCUCUUAAAGCUGCUUUCAACCUGACCCUGUACUAUCCGCGACAGGCGAAAGCUAGUCAUGGAACAAACCCGCCCAAAGACAAGGCUGUCAUCGGCGAGUCUUGGUCCCCGGCGCUGGAAGGCCUCAUCGAGCCCACCAUUCAGUUGCUGUUGUCUGCUACAGAUCCACUUUCCUUGCCAUUGGCCCCUCCUAUGACGAACGCUAUAGCGGUACUACUGAACUGCCCCGUCGGCGCCAAUAGAGCAGCUUGGUACUCAAUUCGACGGAAUUCGAGGGACUCUGGAAGGAGCGAUGACGAGCAAACUAGCCAACCGGCAUCACCUUCCACAGCUAGGCGUGUGACGAAUGUCUUGUUCCCGAAAAGCUCGAGCACCGCGUCACCUCGACUCGGAGGCUCCAGCACUCCUAGUUCGCCAUUGUCUCAGCACCUUUCGCUUUCUGGUCCUGACACAGCCAGCACUACUGGUGAAAUGGGAACGACCAUCAGUAGCUCAGGUGUCGCUUUAGCCCCCUCAAUUUUGGCGGUACUAGUCAAUAUGCUAGACGGCGCCCUGCUGCGCUAUUUCCCAGCAGUUGACGACAGUGACGAUAGCCAAGCCAAACACGCUGCCGCAAGGGACGGUGUUGAUCUCGAAGACCACCAUCAACCAUUGAUCCUCCUCUUGCGCAAGCUGGCAACUGAGGAUGAGCGUUGCAGAGCUGCUCUGCGAGCACAUCUGCUUCCAUCAGACAUCGACCGAUCCUCACCGCUCGACAAGCGCAAUGAUCUCACAGGACGAUGUGUCCGCUUGAUGAGCUCUGUCUUCCUCUCGCGUCUUGCGCGCGUGAUGGGCGAGAUGCUACUGGCUGUCUGCGAUGGCGAUCCGAAAGUCAUGACGGCAGAAAUUGGCUACGGACCUUGCGCAGGCUUUCUCAUGUCCGCAAAUCUUGCGUACGCUUUGCCGGCCGAAUCAAGGUCAGAUGCCAGCACCGCCAAGAACGGACCAAAGCGGACCAUCAACCCGAUCACCGGCCAAUACGAUCCAACUCCAGCCGAACUUGCGAACGACGAGAUCUCGAAAAUGUCAGACGAGCAGAAAGAGAUUGAAGCGGAAAAGCUGUUUACUCUGUUUGAUCGAUUGGACAAGACCGGAGUAGUGAAGGCUCAAUCCCAUCCUGUGCGAGCGGCGCAAGAAAGCGGCAGAUUCGAGGAGAUUACUCGGGAGAUCGAGGAGAGGGAAAGGCGGAGGGAGGAAGAUGAAGAAGCGCAGAUGGAAAAGGACGUAGAAAGAGAUAUGCGCGCUUUCAGAGAACGUAGACAGCCCCGCGGCUGACUUCCCGGACCCGAGCGGCUGUCUUGAGUUGACGUAAUUUUGCGAGCGGCCACCAUCAUUGUACCUCUAAUCAACUCAGCUCACAGGACGGACGUGGCUUUGCGCUGCUGACUGAUGCAUCUCUAUCAUCCUUCAAUACAAUGACAUUG